UACCAGAACGUCCCGGAAGAGCCUCCACUCGUGCAGUACGAGCGCGAGGUGCAGGUGAGCUUACGCGCACUGUUUACCUGUAAACAAAGACAAAACAAAACAUGGGAACGGCACCCAGGAUACAGUUUCACGGAUACCGGCUUCCUGCACGACUACAAACCUGGCUGGAGAUCAGUGUUUGAUCCAACAUCUUGAUACACACAGCGUUGCCAGACACACUGGCAGAGCUUACACAUGUAAUAAGUUAACCAAGAAACCCAGUGACCAAAGGACUGGGUCAACCAUCAUCCUCCACUAUGGCGAGCCAGGACCCUGUCAACCCUUCACAUGCUACAUUUGACUUCUUUGUCCAAGCCCAGACUUGUAAGGAUGUGAAGCAUCACUUUGCUGAGCUCUGCAGGCAACUGGACAUCAAUCCAAAGGAUUUCAGGAGCUUCUACAGCAAGUUAAAGGAAAGACUGAACUACUGGAAGGCCAAAGCCUUGUGGACAAAACUGGACAAAAGGGCAUCUCACUCAGAUUACCAACAAGGAAAAGCCUGCACCAAAAACAAGUGUCUUGUGUUGGGUGCAGGGCCGUGUGGCCUGAGAACGGCCAUCGAACUGUCCCUGCUGGGGGCUCAGGUGGUGGUGUUGGAGAAGAGAGAGGCUUUCUCCAGGAACAAUGUUCUCCACCUGUGGCCCUUCAGCAUUUAUGACCUCCGCGGGCUCGGAGCCAAGAAGUUCUACGGCAAAUUCUGCACCGGGUCUCUGGAUCACAUCAGCAUCCGUCAGCUCCAGUUGGUUCUAUUGAAAGUGUCACUUCUCCUCGGGGUGGAGGUGCACACCGGAGUGGAGUUUCAGGGCUUGAUUGAGCCCUCAGGAGAAAACGGUUGGAUGGCCAAGCUGCACCCUGGGUCUCAUCCUGCUGCAACCUUCGAGUUUGAUGUCUUCAUCUCUGCUGGAGGAGGCAGGUUUGUCCCUGAUGGUUUUAAGCACAAGGAGCUGAGAGGCAAGCUGGCUAUUGGCAUCACAGCCAACUUCACCAACAGACACACGGCUGCUGAGGCCCAAGUAGCAGAGAUCAGCGGUGUGGCCCGCAUCUACAACCAGAAGUUCUUCCAAGAGCUGCUCACUGAGACAGGUAUCGAUUUGGAGAAUAUUGUCUACUACAAAGACGACACCCACUACUUUGUCAUGACUGCCAAGAAGAAGAGCUUGCUGAAGAAGGGGGUCAUUAAACAGGACUACAGUGAUGCAGAGGAGCUGCUGGCUCCUGCAAACGUGGAUCAUGAGGCUUUGUGCUGCUAUGCCCAUGAUGCUGCCUACUUCUCCACAGGUGGCAAACUGCCUGACCUCCAGUUUGCUCAGAACCAUGCCGGCAAGCCAGACGUGGCCAUGUUCGACUUCACCUGCAUGCACCGUGCUGAGAAUGCCUCUCUGGUCAGGGAGAGGAGGGGGAAGAAAUUGUUGAUGGGUCUUGUUGGUGAUUGCCUGGUGGAGCCUUUCUGGCCUCUGGGUACAGGUAUUGCCCGUGGGUUUCUAGCUUCUUUUGACACAGCGUGGAUGGUGAGGAGCUGGGGCAUGGGGAUCCAACAUCUCAAGGUCCUGGCUGAGCGAGAAAGUAUCUACCAGGUCCUGUCCCAGACCACACCAGAAAACACCAGCAAAAACUAUGCUGGUUAUAGCAUUGACCCCAAAACACGGUACACAAGAGUCAACCUCUCCUCCAUCCAGACCAACCAGGUGCAGCACCUAUAUGAUGUUGACAAAUCCAAUCCAUCGAGCAAGAAAUGGAACAAGAUGGCUCACAUGCGUCAAGAUUCAGUCAGUGGUUCUGAAGAGUUGUUGAAAUGGUGCCAGAAACACACCGUGGGUUAUGAGAAUGUGAAUGUAAAAGAUUUUACCCAAUCCUGGAGGUCCGGAUUGGCUCUGUGUGCUCUGAUCCACCACUUCAGACCUCAGCUCAUUGACAUGUCCUCGCUGGAUGAGUCCAGUGCUGUUCACAACAACCAACUGGCUUUCAGCAUCUUGGAGAAGGAGCUGGGCAUCCCACCUGUCAUGUCUGCCAGUGAUUUAGCCAAAAGCGGUCAGAUAGACAAGCUGUCCAUGGUCCUCUACCUCACCCAGGUCCAAAAUACCUUCACUGUGCCAGCAAAAGGUAAAAGUUUGGACCCUGUAGGCAUCCUGCCAUCGUCCAAGCCUCUGACUCUCUCCAAGACACGGUCAGCUGUGUUUUUCCUGAACAAGCUGAAGCACAACUCUCUGCAAAGGCGCAAGGAAAAGCUGGCAGCUGAGAAACAAGAAAGAGAGACAAGGAUGGGAGAUGAGGACAGUACGGUGGUGCUUCCUGCGUCCCCUGAGCUCGGUCCUACACCUGAUCCUGCUCCUGCUCCUGCUCCUGAGCCUGAGCCUGAACCUGGUACUGGUGUGUUAAUGACAAACAGUGAGGAGUGUUACUUCUGUGGUCAGAGGGUCUAUGUGCUGGAGCGCAUCAGUGCUGAGGGCAAGUUCUUCCAUCGAAGCUGCUUCACCUGCCAUCAGUGCGCCAUCACACUCAGACUGGGAGGAUACACUUUUGACCAGACUACAGGGAAAUUUUACUGUGAGCUGCACUCUGAAGAGCUGGAGCUGGAAAACAGGGCUGAAACAUCUUGUAAGGAUAGAGAAGGAAAUCACAAAGGGACAUAUGAAGAGAAUGGGGUUUCCAGUGAUGAUUAUACACCAUCUCCAUCAGAUGAGGAAAAUGAGCACACUCUGGACUGUGGUCCCUCUACUCACACACAGUCACAUAAACCUGAAGGACAGGACCGCCAUAUACUUGAAUCCAAAGAAGAGUCCCAAGAACCACAUGCAUCAAAAACUCCAAGAGAUCCUCCUUCUAAAACUGAGGUAGCAGGACACACUGAGGAGGAGACCGAAGAGCCUCCGCCCACAGUGCCCUAUCCUGUCCCCAAGCCCCGCCACUCUCGGCAGACCACACCCAGCCCUCAGCCCUCUCCUCCAAGAGCAAAACCUCGCACAGUCCAUCUUUUUAACCCCUCGACUCCAGAAAAACAUUCAUCUCCAACCCCUACAAUAGAGAUCUCCAAGGCAGCACCAGAUUCCCGUCCGAAGCAGUCACUCCGAAAGCUUCAGCUGACCGAUGAGGAGAAAACCCAGCUGGUGAAUCUUCAGAGCUUCAGCGCAGAUUCUGACUCAGAGACCCCUGGUGGAUCCUCCUCCUGUUCCUCUUCCUCUGCAACUGCAGGGGGUCCAAGCCCCCCUAAACCAGAGGGACUGGAUGGGCAAGAAGAGGAGGGCUAUUGGAGUGGGAGCACCGCCAGUCACAUGCGGGAGAAGAGGAAUCGACGCUGCUUCAGGAGAAAAGAGAUGCCAGGCGGACAGACCAGAGUACGAUCCAAGUUUUCCCCCUGGAAUCUCUCUUCCCCGAGGAUCAGCAGAGACACCCGGCUCAGCGUCCUCAUCAAUCAUCCAGGGAGAGUGGAAACAACAUUCAGACAUGUUCACAGCACCUCAGAAGAGGGGGUCGAUGGGGAUGAUGAUGAUGAUGACGACGAUGAUGAGAUGUUUGCACAAGAUGAUACUGACCUAUUUGAUGAGAAAUUUCAGACGGUGCCAUCAGACCCUGUUGAGGCUGAGAAGUUGGAGUUGAUGAAGAUGAGGACACUGGAGCGGCGAGCCAAGAUGAGCGAAUUACAGCGAUUGCGCAAAGCCCAGUCCAUCCAGAGGAGACUGGAGGAGAUUGAGGUGACCUUCAAGGAGUUGGAGGACAAAGGUGUAGUGCUGGAGCGAACUCUGCGAGGAGAGGCUGGCAACAGCGGUUCUCCUGAAAUGAUCGAGAAUUGGAUCGAGCUCGUUCAUGAGAAGAACGCAUUGAUUUCUGAAGAGUCUGACCUCAUGGUGGCGUCUCGGCAGCUGGAACUCGAAGACAAGCAAAGCAUGCUGGAGUUGGAGCUCAGGAAAUACAUGGAGCUGAAUGACAAGACGUCAGAGCAGCAGGCAGAAGAAGAUCGGGUGCUUCAACAGAUGAUCGAGGUGGUGGACAUGAGGGACUCCUUGGUGUCGUUUCUGGACGAGAAGAGGCUGAAGGAGAUAAGCGAAGAGCAAGAGGCCUUCUCCAUCAGGGAGGCUAAACGACACUCGAAGGCAGGAGCUCAGGUUCACUGGGCGUAAGGCUUUCACGCACACACUUACUCAGCAUGAACCCAUAUGUACUGUACAGUAGAUCUACUGUAUGUGAGACUUGCUGCAUACAGACUUGGAACCUGAAACCUAACUUUUGAAAAGCCAAAGAUGAUACAGAAACGUUGCGGAGGGUAACCCACCACAAGCGGUCCCUCUUUAUCCGACUAGGAUAAAGAGUUCAGGGUUAUUGGCCAGAGGCUGAGUGAAUAUCAGUUGAAAUCCGCACCCUAGAGGGAGACUUAAGCCUGGAGAUCUGAGGCUUUGAGUUGACGCAUCCAACAACUCUCCGGCUAAGCCCUGCCUGCCGUGAUAGUGGGGUCACGGCAACGGACCACAUAUGAAAAAGGACCCCUUGUGUCUGCUGCACUAUUUAACAACCACCACACAGCAGCUUAUCAUUACCCAGCCUGGGACUUGGCCUGGUUUGGUGUAAGAAACAUGUGACUCAAGUGCAGACUAAGCAGCCAAGACUAAGCAGCGUAACAUUACAGUGGGGAACCUGCAGUAGCUGGCUUUGGAGCCUUAGAGUUAGAUCUAGGUUGAAAACACAGGAUUGAUUGUGUUUUUGAAAAUACUUUGAUGUUCAUGUUGAUUUUACUUGUGACAUCAUGAAUAAGUGCUACUGUACACAAACACAUAAUAUACAUAUCAUAAUUCUAUGUUUAAUAUUUGUAUACUGAAUACAUUUUAGAAAUAUGAUGGUGGAGAAAAAAAACAAAGGUAGUUAAAAUUAGAAUAGAAUUAUUAAAUUCCGUUAUUAGUAUUCAUGAUUUAAUUUUAUUGCCAAGUUUGCUUUGCUUUUAUGAAUUUUGUAGCACAUCCUGCUGUUCACCAUGUCCUUUCCUGAUAGCAUGUUGGAUAGUUAAUCUCAGGGGUUGAUGGUUCAGUCCUCUGGGCUCAGAGUUGGAGUUUUCACUGAUGGCCUUCAACAGUCGGCUGCUCUUUAAGUGGUGGUGUAUUAUAUGAACACAGGGAGUUUGGGGGGGGUGAAUGGAAAAAAGACUUAAUGGACUGGUUCAUCUAUUUAUAAAUGCCAUCAUUUAUCAUUUGCAAGUGUUCCUAUUCAUGUGCUGGCAGAAUAGCCAAAAUCAAGACAAAGACCAGUUUGUUGUUAGUGAAAAGGAGCCUUAUAUAUUCAUUGUUCUGCUGCCAUUUUGUGCCACCUGGACGGCACUUCACAGUAUAUCAAAUAAAGAUCAUGCACUUUGA